UAAGGCUCCCGUUUUGUGGCGGCGUCGCUGCAGCUCUGCCUACGUUGGUGGGAGUACCCCCUGCACAGGUCCCUUUUGCAGUGCAGAUCCAGUAGUUGGAGUUGUUGUACACCGAGCACGAGAGGGAGAGGAGAGGAGCGCGGCAGCUGAGUGAGCAAACAGAGGUAGAAGAAACAUUAGGUUUAUCUUCCGAGACUUAUCAGACACAGACCUGUCACUUUUACCGCUUCGAGUCGAGUCUACUUGAAGAGGACCACAGCAGCAGCAGAGGCGGCGGCGGCGGCGGCGACCUGGUCUGGUCUGGUCCGCUCGAGCCUGUGGAAAAACUCCCAAACGCGGUCGUCUCAGCUGGCAUGAGCUAACCUACCAGACAGACAUGGAAACCAAACCAUUCUUGUCAUUGGGGUUCCUGAAGCCCCAGUGCUCGUUGGCUCCUCCAAUGCAGCGAGGACGCUCAGGCGAGGCUUGUUCCUGUUUCAGUGGCAUGUGUCCCCUCCAUCAGCGUCGCCUAUCCUCAGACUCGUCGGGCCAGGUGACCUCCUCGCCCCUGGGCUCGCCCACGUCCCACCGGGGAAUGCACCCGUCUCUGCUCAGCCCAACGUCCAUGGGGCCCUCCGGCUCUCUUCACUCUCCCAUCAGCACGCUGAGUUCGCCCAUGAACGGCCUGGCCUCGCCCUUCUCCGUCAUCAGCUCGCCCAUGGGUCCCCACUCCAUGAACUCGCCCGGCAUGGGCUACGGCCCCAGCGUAAGCCCCCAGCUGAACUCUCCGAUGAACUCGGUCAGCAGCACGGAGGACAUUAAGCCCCCGCUGGGUCUCAACGGCGUGAUGAAGGUGCCCGCCCAGCCCUCAGGCACGGCCCUGUCGCUCACAAAACACAUCUGCGCCAUUUGUGGUGACCGCUCCUCAGGUAAACACUAUGGGGUAUACAGCUGUGAGGGCUGCAAAGGUUUCUUCAAAAGGACGGUGCGCAAAGACCUGACGUACACCUGUCGUGACAACAAGGACUGUGUCAUUGAUAAGCGCCAGAGGAACCGCUGCCAGUACUGCCGCUACCAGAAGUGUUUAGCCAUGGGCAUGAAGAGAGAAGCCGUUCAGGAGGAGCGCCAACGAGCCAAGGACAGAAAUGAGAACGAGGUGGAGUCCACCAGCUGCGCCAACGAGGACAUGCCCGUGGAGAAGAUCCUGGAGGCCGAGCAGGCGGUGGAACCCAAAACCGAGACCUACAUUGAGACCAACCUUGGUGUGCCAUCUAACUCGCCGAACGACCCAGUGACAAAUAUAUGUCAGGCGGCUGACAAACAGCUCUUUACCCUGGUAGAGUGGGCCAAGAGGAUCCCCCACUUCUCUGAGCUGCAACUGGACGACCAGGUGAUCCUUCUACGAGCAGGUUGGAAUGAACUCCUCAUUGCAUCAUUUUCGCACCGUUCGAUAACGAUUAAAGAUGGGAUCCUCUUGGCGACCGGGCUGCACGUCCAUCGCAACAGCGCCCAUAGUGCUGGAGUGGGAGCCAUCUUUGACAGGGUGCUCACAGAGCUGGUGUCAAAGAUGAGGGACAUGCAGAUGGAUAAGACAGAACUGGGGUGCCUUCGAGCUAUAGUCCUUUUCAACCCAGACUCUAAAGGUCUGUCCAACCCCAGUGAGGUAGAAGCUCUGAGAGAGAAAGUGUACGCGUCUUUAGAGGCGUACUGCAAACAGAAGUACCCCGAGCAGCCUGGCAGAUUUGCCAAGCUGUUGCUGCGGUUACCGGCGCUCCGCUCCAUCGGCCUCAAGUGCGAUCGCGACAAACUCGGACGGCUGGUUUCGCCGGCCUCUGAGCUCCUUUUCCGUCCCUUCUCCGACCUCUCCUGUUCUCAUUUCAUGUGA